AUGCAACCGUCUUGGCUCUUGGUGCAACAGAAUGUUCUGUGUACCGAGGAGAGAAAGGUCUCCGAAUUCGUAUAUGGUCAGCAACGAGAAUAUCCCUUGGUGGCCGAGUCAAUCGGACGCAGAACUCUAGGGGAAUUAAUUUCCACGCUAGAGUCUGAGCAGGUGACGGCGAAAAUGCCUGGCUGCUGCGUACCUAAUUGUUCAAAUUGUACGGAGAAAGGUUUUUCGAUGAGGAAGUUUCCAUCAAAUAUGAAGCGGAAAACGAUAUGGACCGAAAAUAUUAAUAUCUAUAGUGGCAACAUCCAUCAAUCCUUAAAGUGGCAACCAACUAAAAAUUCAUUUGUAUGCGAAACCCAUUUUUCCGCGGAAAUGUGGGAAAAAGUACGAGUAGAUGGAAAAAAAAAACUAAAAACCAAUGCCAUUCCAACAAUUUUUUAUCCUCCCAAAAAUAAAGACAUUCCAGUAGAAAGAAAUGUACAUGUUAUUUAUGACGAAGACACAGCACAAGCAACAAAUGAUAUUCUUGAAGUUUCUUCAAAUGAUGAUUUGUUGCAUAAAAUACUUAAUAAAGAUCAGAUAGAAUAUCUCAAAGCUAAACAUGAAGGACGUCAUAUAUAUAAAUGGACAGAUGAAACAAUUAAAAAGGCAUUACGGCUGAAACAUGCAUGUGGGGAUAAUGGAUAUAGGGAAUUAUUACAUCAUUCUUUUUCUUUACCUUCAACUCGUACUCUGCGCAGACGCAUAGAAUGCAUUACUUUUAAAGAUAGAAUUUGUGACGAUGUUUUUGAAUUAUUAAGGGAAAAGGUAUCAAACUUUCCAGAUGAACGACAUAAAGAUUCAAUGAUUUGUCUUGAUGAGAUGAGUUUAAUACCAGGUGAACAAAUAGAUCUCUGCACCAAUCACACCAUUGGAUAUGCUACAAUUCCUGAUAAAUUUG